AUGAGUGAGUUGCUAAGUGGCACGCGCUCCUGUCAUGUCCUGGCCUCGGGGCCUCCCAUCUUCCGACGAGACCCCUCGUUUGCUCAAGCUUGUAUUGUCUCCGUGGAGACCAGGAGGGUGUUCUGGUUGGUCAUGUUAGAGGGGCUGAUGUGCAGCUUGAAGUCGGGGCCUCUGGAUGAUGGUAUGGACGAGGACUGCAUCGCAGAAAUCCGUGCAGUUCUGCCGGAGUUAAAUGAUGAUGGCUUGGAGGCGCUGGUUGGGCACCUGGCGUUUGUGGUGGGAGUUAAGGAGAAGAACCAUCUAGCUUUUGUAGAAUAUGAGGACCUCCAGUAUCAUCUAACCAAAAUCCAAAGUCGGCAAAUGAUUGCUGCUUUUAAACCUAAAGAGCCAAUCAUUGCCACAAGUGACUCAGCACAGCCCAGCACAGCCCCAUCACCACCACCUGCAACAGCUCCAUUACCAUCACCAGCUCCAUCACCAUCACUGGCAAUAUCAAUGGCAGAGGACCCCAUACCCAACGCCUCCGUUGAAACACAAAGUUCAUGGAUUCAGGGCUUCAGUAUUCCAUGGGACAAGAUGCCUGCUACACUUCUAAGAAGUAUUUCUAAACAGGAGAGGGCAAAUCCACCGGAUAGAAGAGCCAUGGUAAGGAUUGUGGUGGACAGCAUGCGCAGACAUUGUCCCAACCCGAAUAGAGCUGCCUGUACUGCUGUUGCCAGAAUGAUCGUCUCCAGCCAUCCCUUGACGUUUACUGACCGAACAGUUGAUGGAGUGCAGAUCGGCAUUGGCUACUACUCUCUCAUUAAUCAGCUAAAGACACGGGUAGAACAUCUUAACCGUAAUAGCACCACUGAUCGUAUCCGGAAGCCAAGAACGACACAAGAUGGCCAUGUUACCAAACCUGUACGCAGCAAAACCGACAGUUAUGGUUGCGUGAACUGGCAACCGAAGUCCAUCCCAGAAGGAGAAACGAUCGACACUUUGGAGGAAAAAAGAAAAAAUUUGAAAGCCAUCUUCGAGUCUGUUGGCCCCAGAGCAGCAGAGUGGCCUGCAACUGAGAAGUGCAUGGAUGUGACCUACGCUUAUCAAAGACACAUGAUAAAUGUGUGCCCACCACCAAGUAUUUCUGACUUGAAAGAUCAGUGGCCUGUCCUUUUUACACCACGUGGACUGUUUUCACACUUCAAAACACUAACAGGAAUUGAGAUAGAGGAUCGUCUUGCAGAGGCACUGCAAAACAAAGGAAAACGGAUCAUCACCUUCUUCCAACAACAGUCAUUCAGUCAACCAAACAUUCGAGCCCUAUUGAAGGAGAUCGACAAUGCUUUCUCAACCUCUGCUGUGCAGAAACAAACUGGAAUUGCCGCUGUCCUGCUGAUGAUGAAGCACUUCUUGGAAAGUGAAGAGUCCAUCUUCAUGUUGGCAGAUGCUUGUGCAACACCGACAUCCGUCGAGAGAGACAUGGACAUCCCCAUCACUCCGAGGCUGAUCAUGCUGGGGAACACACUGCUAACUUCAACCAGAUGGAUGGUUACUAUCGAGGGGAAGGUGGCCUGUGUUGUGGAGGAGCACAGGAGUUUCUCUGAUGCCCUGGCAGCCUUUUUCUCCUCGUUCUACGUGUUCAACAUCGAAUACCAGGAACCUGCCUGUGCUACUUUGGAAUUCAUACAGCGGUUCAUGGUGCGAAUAAACCCUGAUGAAGGGAUCAAGUGUUCGGCGAAGACUGCAGUGAGUAGGAAGACUGGCGCAAUUGUGAAGAGAAAGGUGGAACCAAUCAACACCAGGGUGACCACUUUCCUUCACCAUCUGACUGAAUUCGAAUGGAAGGAAACCUGAGUGCGUAUUAUUGAAAGUGUUACGGCUUGUUAAGUGUUUUUUAUAUGAGUUACUGUGUUGACUGGCAUUAGUUUGUCUGUUUGUCUGAGUUAUGAACAAAUUUUGAUGAAAUUGAGUUGUUGGAAAUGACAAAAGAAACAAGUGAUUAAAUAAGGGUGUAACAUAGUCAAAUGUAACCUGGUUGUCACCAGAUGGUGUGCUCCGGCGCCCCCCAGCCAUAGAGCACGCAAUGACUCCAGCCAGAAAAUGGCCGGAGCAUUUAUUGCUUCAAUAUCAACUGCAGCUCUAUCAACUACUGCUGACUCUUAAGGUUUUUGAAGGAAUGCGCUGGUGAUGAGGCCGCGCAGAAGCAA